CGCAACCAUAACCGAGAGUCGAGAACUACAAAUAAGCUCUCUCAAUUCCUCAAUACAAAGAUCAGAUCAACAAACAAUUUCACUUGAACUUCAAGCUUCUAAAGCAGUUUCAAAAACUCAAAAACAACCGAAUCGACAACUCGAGCAACCAAUUGAUAUUUAGCAUGGUGGGCGCAACAUCGACAACAACAACAACCACAACCACAAUGAGCACAAACACAACCAUGGAGCCAAUUGAGAUUGGCUGCCAGACAUGUGGUAUCCAGUUCGAUACCAGAGAAGCACAACGCGAGCACAUGCGCGGAGAUUGGCAUGUCUACAACCUAAAGCGGAAAAUGACUUCACUACCACCAAUUCCACGCUCAGAAUUCGAGAACCAAAUUCUCAACUCGGGGAAACAGAAAUCGAAAUCUGAUUCCGAGUCAUCGUCCCCUUCCUCAGAUGAAGAUUCCGCAUCUGCAUCCGAAGACGACGAAGAUUUCACCCCCACAAAAUGCCUCUUCUGCCCCGAACUCUCAACAUCAACCCCCGCAAACCUCACACACAUGUCCCAGGCCCACGACUUCACAAUCCCAGAUAUCUCUCACCUCCUAGACAUCGAUUCCUUCCUGGGGUACUUGUCAAUAACCAUCAAUUGCUUCCAUGAAUGCUUAUCCUGCGGAAGUGUGAAGGGUAGUAGGGCGGCGGUACAGGAUCAUAUGUGUGCGGAGAGGCAUUGUCGGUUAAAUCUUGUGGAGGAUCAGUUGGAGUUGGGGGAUUUUUGGGAGGUGAGUGAGAGUGAGAAUGAGGGGGAGAGUGGAGGGGAGGGUGGAAGUGGGAGUGAGAAUGAUGAAAAUUGCGAGCAAAGGGGAGAGGGGAAGAAGGGUGAGGGUCGGGUAUUGGAGGAAGGCGAGCUGCGAUUACCAUCUGGCAAGAUCCUGGGCCGCCGAAGCAAAACUCGGACCACGAAAAUCAAAAUGUCGACUUCUCUAUCACUAUCAAGGUCACGCUCCUCUUCACCACCACAGCAAAACAUCGAGAGCCAGCCUCAGUCUCACUCACCUCGUCCAACCAACAACACCUCCUCCUCCCCCUCAUCCUCAGCCCUCAUACCCGUCCGCACCAGCCACCUCCCACCCCGGACCGAACACCGCAUCGUGCCCAAACCAGGCACGUCAACGAGCCUGAUUGGAUUGUCGGAUGUGCAGCAGCGGGCGCUGCGGGCGACGGAGAUGAAGAUGGAGAAGGUGGAGACGAAGGCGAGGAAGGUGUAUGAGGCGAAGGUGGAUCGGAAGGGGAAUAAGCAGAAGACUUUUAGGGUGCUGAGUAUUGGGAAGAAGGCGGGGGGGUUGGAGAAGAGGAAUGGGUGAGUGGGUGG